UCUGAAACUAUUUCAUCUAUUGGCAGCCGCCGUCGCGGUUCUCGAAACUUUCCAAAGGUUUAUUGCCCUCAAAUUGCGAAACUAAAGAAAACUAUUAUGGAAUCGGAAAUACAAUCAUUUUAUAAAAAUAAAACUAUAUUCAUUACUGGUGGUACUGGAUUUUUGGGAAAAGUUACCAUUGAAAAACUGCUGCGUUCAACUCAGGUCAAGCGAAUCUACGUGUUAGUUAGGUCUAAAAAGGGUGUAAACAUUCAGGACCGUAUUGCUGCAUGGGAUAAAGAUCCGCUCUUCUCCGAGUUACGUAAAUCAAAUGCCAAUUUCUUGGAGCGCAUUGUCCCCAUUGCAGGAGACACACAACUUCCGGACCUGGGCAUUAGCAGUACGGACAGAAAACUACUAGUGAACGAGACACAGAUCCUACUUCACUUGGCUGCCACUGUGAACUUCGAUGAGAGACUCUAUGUGGCAUUAGACAUCAACACUCGCGGCACUCGGCUGGCGAUCCAACUGGCCAAAGAGAUGCGACAACUGGAGGCCUUUGUUCAUGUAUCCACGGCGUAUUCGAACUGUGUACUCGAGCACAUCGGAGAGACUUUCUAUCCCGACAACUUGUCCUGUUCCGCCGACAAGGCGCUUGAACUGCGCGAGCUGCUGAGCAAUGACCUCAUUGAUAAGCUAACGCCUGGGAUCAUUGACAAGUAUCCCAACACAUACACGUUCACAAAGGCCUUGGCUGAGCAGAUCGUCCAGAAGGAGGCGCAGGAUUUACCCGCCUGCAUCUUCCGACCAGGCAUGAUUCUGACUGCCUACAAGGAACCCACACCUGGCUGGGUGGACAAUCUUCUAGGGCCCAUCUCGAUAUUCUACGGUUGCGGCAUCGGAGUCCUGCGUGUGAUGCUCGUGGAAAAGAGCGGAAUAUCACACAUUGUGCCAGUCGACUACAGUGCCAACAUGAUUCUGUCGAUGGCUUGGAAAACUGCUAAGGAAAAUGCUCAACACUCGGUGGGGAAAGUGCCAACGGUUUACAACUUUACCAACAGCGAUCAGAAUAAACUGACUUGGGGCCAAUUGGCGCAAUCGAUCAUUGAGAAGAGGCAUUUGGUGCCAUUGCCGAAUAUGCUGUGGUUCCCCUUCCUUAGGUUAUUCUCCCAGAAUUGGAAGUUUCAGUUGGCCAUACUCAUCUAUCACAUUCUUCCCGGCCACUUUAUCGACUUUGUAUUGCGCCUGCGGGGUCAAAAGCCACGAAUGAUCAAUGUCUAUAAGAAAAUUCACAAAAACAUUAAGAGAUUAUCGCCAUUCUCGCUUUCCAGCUGGACUUUUGAAAUGAACAAUGCCAAUCGACUGUUGCAAAGCAUGUCCCCGAAAGAUCGCGAAAUCUUCCAAUUCGAUAUGGCAACUGUGGACUGGGACGAAUACUUUACGGUAGCACUGUUUGGAAUGCGACUGUAUAUUACAAAAGAAAAGCCGACUGAAGAAUCCUUGAGGAAGGCAACGCAUACGUUUAAUAGAUUCCGGUUAUACAAUCGUAUUCUACACGUCAUCAUCUUCGCCAUAUUAGCUGUUUUAAUCUGGGGGUUGCUUAAAUUGUUCACAUAGUUUCAGUAACAAUAUAAUUACAUUUUCUAUCAAUAAGAAUUAACGUUCAAGCAAUGACAUUCGAUUAAUGCAAAUAAAUGCAUUGCCUAUUAAAUUGAAAAAGUAAUUCUUUUGAUCAGAAAUACAAGUCAGAAGUCAAGUAAAAAUUUAUAUCGGUUAUUAUUGAUUAAUUUUUAUUUGAAAUUAUUUUAAAACCCUAGCUACAGUCUAAAAUCUCUUUUCUAAACAUUCGAAUGUACUUCUCCGUUACAAAUUUAAAUUUGCCGCAAAAUUCAAAAACGUAAAUGUCAUGAAUCAAAGCUCGAAAAAUACCAAAUUUGACUUUUGGCAUUUUUAGAUAUUUUUAUACAAAAACAGUUAUUCUUUUCAUUACCAUAAAUGUUUCUUAGUCUU